UUGGUAUAUUUUCUUGAUGCUCUUUGUUUUAGAUUUCCUCACCCGGCAAGCCUUUUUGGAUUGCUUAAUGUUGGAAAUGUUUACAUACCUAUCAACGAAAAUUGGGACCUUUUCUUGAAGAACAAUGAUCGAACAAGUGAGGAAACGAAAGAGGCUGGAGCUAGGGUCCUGAUUGAAGCAGCCAGGAAAGUGUUGGAUGUUUUGAAACCAGAUGAAGGCGAUGGAGUAAAAGUGGACGCAUGGUUUUUUGAUGUAGAUUGGUCGUUUAAAAACGGGAGCGAGUAUCCAGAAAAUUAUGAACACAUCUGCAAGGUAAUAUCGAGAAACAUGAAUGAAUUUGGUGAUAUACAGCAUUCUGGAAAGGCUUACUGUUUUGAUGAGUUCCUUUUCUAUCGACUUCCACAUCCGAGCGGUAAUCAUUUUCGCAUGAGACAUGAACAUGAGAAGUUGUUCUUAAAGUUGAACACUUAUCCACAAAACGUAUGCUUCCAUUUCUUUCUGAGGAAUAGAUUCUCAAAAUCGUCGUGUUGUAAAUACAAUCACUUUAAAAUUGGCUUGAGAAGCUAUAAAGACGGAACUCGAAUGAUUGAUCGCCUUGGAGAAAAUGGUUUUCAGCAAGGAGCUCAGAAUGUCGGAGAUCCGUUAGGAAAGCAUUUUUUGCGAUAUAUUGAGUCGAAGGUGUUACGUCCAACAAGACACAUAGAUGAGUUUUUUGUUCUACUUGAUGCUGUGAAAACCACCAAGUUUUGGACAAAUUAUGCAAAACGUUUUGAGGCCGAAAUACCAAUGUGGUAUGAUUCAAACGAUAAGUCUAGAGUCGGAGCAAUUGCACCAGCGAUUAUACCUGCGGGUACGGUGUCACGACGAAGCGUUCACAAGCUGUGGGUCACGCUCACUAAUGAAUCUGGGAACGAUCGUAUUGGUACAGGAAUAAAAGCUCUUGUACAAGCUCCAAGUGGUAGUGUUCUGGUUGGAGCUGACGUAGAUUCUCAGGAACAGUGGCUCGCCGGUUUAUUUGGAGACGCAAGCCAUGCAACUGAGAGUUAUCGACGCCCAGGACUAACGCCGUUUAGCAAUAUGAUGCUCGCUGGAUCGAAAGCGGAUGGCACAGAUCUGCAUAGUGUAGUGGCAAAUCGGUUGAAAAUUGAUAGAAAUAGCGCAAAGGUUUUGAACUACGCUCGAAUGUAUGGUGCUGGAGAAGCUCAUGCUACAAAAUAUCUCUCACAAACUGGUAUGAAUGAAAAGCAAGCCAUGCAAACAGCCAAAGAUUUGUUCAAGAUAACGAAGGGAUCAGAAAGAAAUUGGAAAAUGCUGCGCCGAGAAGUAAAUCCGUUGUUUCUAAAGUUCAUCUGUGGCCUAAAAGAUGGUGAGCCACACGACUAUCUAACAGUUGAUGGCUACUUCUACAUUCCUAGUUAUGAUAGUGAUCUCAGCGAGUCGGCCACGUUUAACUACCUGGGGAUGAAAACUCAUUGUGAUGUACUACGGACUCCAGUGCUCGACUGUCGCCUUUCGGACGCGUUGUCAGCGCUUCCACCAGAAACUCCCGACAGAUUGCAUUUUGCAUCGAAAUAUAAACGUUCGGUUAUGAAUUGGAUUGUUCAGUCAUCAGCUGUUGAUUUUCUGCAUCUCCUACUUGUUUGCAUGGAAUGGUUAACGACAGAAUACGAGAUUCCAGCUCGAUUUGUGAUUUCGAUACACGAUGAGGUGCGGUAUUUGUGUCCCGAGAAAGACGCACCACGAUUGGCUCUGGCACUUAUGCUCAGCAACAUGUAUGUGCGUUCGUUUAUUUCAAGCAAAUUAGGUAUCGAACAGUUACCUUCGUCGGUUGCAUUCUUCUCGCAGGUGGACUGUGAUACCGUACUUCGUAAGGAGGUUCAUAUACCGUGUUUCAAUCCAGAUGGAACACAAGUGCCAGAUGGUGGGUCUGCCAAUAAUCAAAUCUAUCUUGCAGUUUCCACUGAAGUCAUUCACAGGUGUCUCAUGGACGAUCGAAGACGUAGUUAA